UCUCACUUCUCAGACUGGGUUUGAUCGGAGAGUAACUUACAAAGACUCUCUCUGUAUGGGUUCAAGACUGAUUGUUGGAGCACCCCACGAAGCUGAUAACUUGCUUGAAACCUCUUUAAGAGAAGCGUUUGAGCUUCUUGAAUCUCAGUUAAGUCCCCCCUUCUCGCUAAAAUGUCGUAACGAAUUGGAGUAUUUUGAUAUUAACAAGGCAAUUAUUUAUGGGAUUUUAUGUGAACCCCAGAUGGGCAAUGUGCAUAUUAAGCACUUACAUGGUAUUGUCACUGAUGGGUAUGCGUUUUUUACUAAUACCCUUGUGAGGAUUGUUGAUGAAUUGUAUGAAAAGCUUGUCGAUUCGGUUAGGGUUCAGCUGAUUUGGAUUACUUUGGAAAUGAUUGAUGUUUCGGCUAUUGGAUUUCAGGGUUUGUUGGUGGCCCUCUUGAGGCAAAUUGUUGGUGGGGAUUUUAGUGAUAAGAAUUUAUGGUUGUGUUCGGAGUUGGUUCGUAUUUUUUUUGCCAAAUGGGAUUGUUUGUUAGAAGAAGAAUCAUUGGUUUUGACCAGUGCUUUGUAUGUAUUUCUUAGGCUAUUGGCAGAUCAUUGUAGGCUUGUGGGUAAUUUAAAGGUUGAAUUGUUGAAAAAAAUGGAGAUUGAUUUUUGUGUUAGACUUUUGAGGGAGAGGUUUCAUUUGUGUAUGAUGAUAGGGAGGGAUCUUGUUAGGCUUUUACAAGAACUGGUUCAUGUACCCGAGUUUCGAGCCAUAUGGAAGGACUUGAUGUUGAGCCCAAGUGAAUUUAAAGUUCCUGAGUUUCGAGAUAUUUCUCAGCUUUACCGUGUAAGGACAUCGAGUAGGUACUUUUUGCUUCGUAUAACACCUGUGAUGGAGUCACAGUUGCGCUUUUUGCUUAGUGAUGUCAAGUUUGGUAAUCACAGAAGGUACCAGGUCUGGUUUGGAAAGAAGUUUCUUUGCACAGCAGAGAAGGAGACUCUUCUUAUUGACAUAGUUAGAUUUAUCUGUUGUUCACAUCACCCACCUAAUGAAAUUAUAUUAUCGGACAUAAUUCCCAGAUGGGCUGUCAUUGGCUGGUUAUUGAAAUGCUGUAGGAAGAAUUAUGUGGAGGCUAGUGUUAAACUGGCACUCUUUUAUGAUUGGCUUUUCUUUGAUGAGAACAUGGACAAUGUUAUGAAUAUUGAGCCUGCAUUCCUACUGAUGGUCAACUCAAUGUCCAAAUAUAUUGAAAUGACACAUAUGCUUCUAGAUUUUUUGCUCCUUGUAGUAAAUAACUAUGAUACAGAAAGGAGGGAAACUAUUGUUCAGGGCGUUCAAUCAUCCUUCGAUGUACUUGUUAGGAGAGGCGUGGUUCAGUCUCUGGAUGUUUUGAUUUCUUCUGAUAAGCUUUUUCCUUUUCUUAAAGAGAGAAUUGUAAAGCUGUUAUCAGAGAGAAAAGUGACCUCGUUAGAAAAUCUCCAGGCUGGUAGUUUUCGUGGAUCCACUUCCUUACCAGAUCAUCCUGCUGCAGUUAGGAUGGAAUCCGGAACAUUACAACAUGACAUGUCUGCAUCUGCAAGCCAGAAUGAUGUAGAAUUGGGCCCCCCUACUAAUGUUACUUCUUGUUCUCCACUAGCAGAGAAUGAUGACAUCCAUCAACAAAGUUUAGAAUCUCUAGUCCAGAAUCUAGGAAAACAUAUCCGAAGUUCAAAACAAAUGGGCAUGCAAGCACUAGACAAGAUACUGCACUUAUAUGUUAACCUAUCUUCUAAAGCAGAAACCACCAAUUUCUCUAUUAGCCCUAAUCAGUUAUCUAGUAUAAUUGCAAAGGAAUUUCAGUACAGUGGUAACCAGCUGUUUGAACAAAACUGGGAUCAGGACCUUCAGUCUGCAUCAGCCAUAAUAAUACGGCACUUCAUGUUUUCUCAGCAUGAGACAUUGCUAGGUAUGCUUUUGUGUUGGAAUAGAGAUGGUCUUACUGUUGGGCCUUGCUUCUUGGCUUAUGCAAUAAAUCUUGCUCACGAGGCUCAUGUUCUGGGUUAUGUCACACAUCCCAAUACCGUUGCCCAUCCCGACACUCUGAGAGACUCUAACAAGACAACAGAUUCUGGAAUGUCCCUGCUGAAAUAUCAUUGUGAGCAGUAUUGUUGUUUUGUGAACAAAGGAAAGGAUCUUUCUCAAGCUAUUAUUUCUACUUCGAGUAUUAACGUCAAAUUAGUAACUACCUUGAUCGAGGGUGCAUUUGCUGCCUAUAGGGGCUUUAAUAUGCAUAGGGGAAGGGAACUUGCUCCAAACUCUGAUAAUUAUUUGCCGAAGAUACUUUACUGUGAUCUGAUGUCCUAUGCCAAACAGGAUAAUAGAAUUUUGAAAUUUUCACUGUACGGUAUCUCAUCUAAUCUUCGUGACUUAUUUUUGUGUGAGGAAAACAUAAUGAAGUCAAUAGUGAGUCAGUUGGACUAUUCUGAUCUUCUUGACAUACAAUUUGAUUUAGGAUCGAAAAAACUAUCCAUAUUUGGGGACAGCAUUGAAGCUAUAUCUCAUUUAAUCAGAAGUUCUUUUCAAUGGGAGUGUAUCGAACAACACAACUUCUGGGGAUUGCUGAGAUCAGAGCUUGCAGUUUCUGAGGUUCCAAAAGAAAAGGUGCUGUUGGAAUUUUUCUGCACUGAUGGCUUAGAUCCUAAGAUUUCCUCCAUUGCUGUUGGUGGGCUCUUGGCACUGUGCAGCUCUCUUGCACCUACACCUGAUCUUGUUGGAGCAGUUCUUUUACUACCUAAUAAAAUAUUUACCAACUUUGCUACUACAGUUCUAUCUGCUUGGGCUGUGUCCAAUACCUCAAUGUUGUUUACUAGUCUGGCUGAAUUUAUGGAUAAGAUUAAUGCUGGGGAUUCCAUGAUUCCUGAUCUGAGUGAGAUAAUGAUCAAUAACUCUGCCUUCAUAUGGUUACUGAAUUUUCUGGAUGCAAAAAGGAAUGAAAAGCAACAACUUUAGUCCAAAUAUUGCCCGGGUCAUAUCUAUGCUUGGAUAUGAUCAAAUUUUUUCUAUAGGGUCACUGAUGCGAGAUAAUCCCUCGAAAGCUUUCAUUAGAGUGUGGAAGUUUAAGGAGAUGUGUUGUCAGAUUCUGUUUCAAGAAAAGAGAGCGACUCAAAGAAAUUGUAUUACAAUCACUGUAUGAUUCUUUGGAUGAUUUCAGUUCUUGAUUGUAGGUCAAAGGAUGGUCAAGGUUCAUACUUGAUUCUUUUGUUCCGAAUGAAGCAAUUUGGUAAUGUUUUUUCAUCUGUUGUAAUAUAGAUAACUGUAUUUUGAAGUGUACAUGUAUUGAUUUUUUUAUGCCAAACAGAUGUUAUAGUGUUGCUUCAUUGCAUCAUCAUCAUAUGUCUAGUCAUGCAAGUGUUAUGGAAAGACAUUUGUCUGAUUUACCUGUGCAGCUCAAACCAUCGGUUGAAUAGACACUAUACAGGUUUUAUCUAUCUCUUCCCUGGGCUCGACAAUUCUAUUCUGAUGCACUCUGAAAAUUUAAUGGGAUUCAUUAAUAUUACUACAAAUGCAUAUCAUCAGAAUUCAUAAUCUUUAUAAAUAAUUUCAUUAAUGUGUUAAUAUUACUACCAAUUUUCUUCCAGUCGGUUUUUGUAAAUGCUGCUUGUACAUUACUUGCUAUUACCUUAAUUAUCAUAAAAAAGUAUUUGUCUUGUGUUUUAGCCUUGUCCAAUUAGCUUCUGACAACACCUUUGGAACAGACAAUUGUGACAUACAGAGUACAUUAUCAAGUGAUGCAAUUCCAAGGUCAGGGAUGAAGACAUGUUCAGCGACACUGCAGUUGUUGCAUAAUCUAGUAGAGUCAAGCAUGGAAUAUAUCUCGCCUAAUCUGGUCUCCAGUUCCCGUAAAAUUCUGACAACCCCUCGGAGGACCAUCACAGCAAGGAGAUUCUUCUGAAGUGGACAUAUCUGAUGCAGAGGUAAAAUGGAUAUCAUUUGGUGCUCGACUGAUACACAUAAUUAUGCAAAUUGAAGACAAGAAUGAGGAUUGUGGUCAUGCUGUUAUUCUUCAUCAUGGUGGCUCACUUGGCUGAUAACCACUGUAAAGGAAAUGAAAGGGUGGUUUGCUGGUGAAGAUUGUAAUUUAAUUUGGGGGUGUAUAUACAUGAUUUCUAAGCUUAUAAAUGAUAUAGUUUGUUGCUGCAUAUGUGUUGGUAAUAUCGAAAUAUAAAAAGAUUUGUGUUUUUUGUUA